AUGGUAAAAGCUCCCCAGAGUGAAGAGAGGCUGGCCAGAGGAGGAAAGUGGAAUAACUCAGUUUUAGCCUGUGGAGCCCAGGCCUCUUGGAGCAUCUUUGGGGCUGACGCAGCGGAGGUUCCGGGCACACGCAGUCACUCCCGCCAGGAGGCUGCCAUGCCCCACAUUCCCGAGGACGAGGAGCCCCCCGGAGAGCCACAGGCAGCCCAGAGCCCCGCCAGCCAAGACCCUGCCACCACAGGAAUAUCUUGCAGUCCACCCACCAUCAUCCUAACUGGGGAUGCCAGUUCACCAGAAGGAGAAACUGACAAAAACCCGGUCAACAGAGCCCACAGUCCCCACAGGAGGCUUUCUCACCGACACUUGAAGGUUUCCACUGCUUCGCUGACUUCUGUGGACCCUGCAGGGCACGUCAUUGACCUGGUCAAUGACCAGCUGCCGGACAUCAGCAUCUCAGAGGAGGACAAGAAGAAAAACCUGGCGCUACUGGAGGAAGCCAAGUCGGUGAGCGAGCGGUUCCUGACCCGCCGUGGAAGGAAGUCCAGGAGCAGUCCCGGAGAGUCCUCACCAGCUAUUUCGCCAAACCUCAGCCCCGGAGCUUCUCCUGCGUCCUCUCAGAGCAACUCCCUCACUGUCCCCACGCCGCCCGGUUUGGAUGUGUGCAGUGGCCCACCGUCCCCUCUGCCCGGAGCACCGCCACAGCAGAAGGGGGAUGAGGCCGAAGUCCCUUCACCUCACCUUGCCGAGUCUAACGUCCUCAAAGGGCUAGCUGACCGGAAGCAGAAUGACCAGAGGAAACUGUCUCAGGGCAGGCUGACUCCCCGCUCUCCCACAGUUGAGAAGUCCAGAGAAAUUGCAAUAGAACAGAAGGAAAACUUCGAUCCCCUCCAGUGCCCGGAGGCCAUACCCAAGGGCCCAGCUUCUGGCCCAGGCAGUGGUGGGAAGAUGGCCCUUAACAGCGCCCAGCCUGGCCCUGUGGAGAGCGAGCUGGGAAAGCCACUGGCAAAGACAGCCAAGGAGGGCAACCCUCUGCCCAGAGGUCCAACCCAGGGCCCUGGGGGGGUGGCUCCCCAGGCCCCCCAGGGGAAGAGUACAGUCGGAGAGCCCACAGGGUCCAAGGUUGGCUCCAAAGCUGAGCUGUGGCCCCCGACGUCCCGGCCACCCCUGCUGCGGGGAGUGUCCUGGGACAGUGGCCCUGAAGAACCCGGCCCCCGGCUGCAGAAAGUGCUUGCCAAGCUGCCACUGGCUGAGGAAGAGAAGCGUUUUACAGGCAAAGCUGGUAGCAAGCUGGCCAAGGCGCCUGGACUCAAAGACUUUCAGAUACAAGUGCAGCCUGUGCGGAUGCAGAAACUGACCAAGCUUCGUGAGGAGCACAUCCUGCUGAGAAAUCAGAACUUAGUGGGGCUCAAGCUUCCAGAACUUAGUGAAGCGGCCGAGCAGGAAAAAGGACACCCUUCUGAACUCUCCUCAACUAUUGAGGAAGAAGAGUCAAAGGGCGGGCUGGAUGUCAUGCCCAAUAUUUCUGAUGUGCUGCUUCGCAAACUGCGGGUCCACAAGUCCCUCCCUGGAAGUGCCCCUCCGCUUACUGAAAAGGAAGUCGAGAACGUGUUUGUACAACUGUCCUUGGCCUUUAGAAAUGACAGCUACACCCUGGAAUCUAGAAUUAACCAGGCAGAAAGGGAACGCAACCUGACAGAGGAAAACACAGAGAAGGAACUGGAAAACUUCAAAGCUUCCAUUACGUCCUCAGCUUCCCUCUGGCACCACUGUGAGCACCGGGAGACCUACCAGAAGCUGCUGGAGGACAUUGCUGUCCUGCACCGCCUGGCUGCCCGCCUCUCUAGCCGUGCCGAGAUGGUGGGGGCCGUCCGCCAGGAAAAACGCAUGUCGAAAGCAACAGAAGUGAUGAUGCAGUAUGUGGAGAACCUAAAGAGGACGUAUGAGAAGGACCAUGCAGAGCUCAUGGAGUUUAAAAAACUUGCAAAUCAAAAUUCGAGCCGCAGCUGUGGCCCCUCUGAAGAUGGAGUCCCUCGCACAGCGCGAUCCAUGUCCCUCUCGCUGGGAAAGAACAUGCCCCGCCGGAGGGUCAGCGUUGCCGUGGUGCCCAAGUUUAAUAUCCUGAACCUGCCGGGCCAGUCAGCCAGCUCAUCCCCCAUCCCCUCCUUACCAGCCCUGUCAGAAUCAUCCAAUGGAAAAGGCAACCCACCUGUCUCCUCAGCACUGCCUGCACUUUUGGAAAAUGGAAAGACAAAUGGGGACCCAGAUUGUGAAGCCUCUGCUUCUGUGCUGACUCCAAGCUGCCUGGAGGGGAUCAGCCAAGAGGCUAAGGCCAGGAUGGAGGAAGAAGCUUACAACAAGGGAUACCAGGAAGGUCUAAAGAAAACCAAGGAGCUUCAAGACCUGAAGGAGGAGGAGGAAGAACAGAAGAGCGAGAGCCCGGAGGAGCCGGAAGAGGUGGCAGAAACUGAGGAAGAGGAGAAGGAGCGGAGAAGCAGCAAACUUGAAGAACUGGUUCGUUUCUUACAAGUCAUGUAUCCCAAACUGUGUCAGCAUUGGCAAGUCAUCUGGAUGAUGGCCGCGGCGAUGCUGGUCUUGACUGUCGUGCUGGGGCUCUACGGUUCUCACAGCUCUUGCGUAGAGCAGGCCGAUGGGUCCCUUGGGAAAUCCACGUGCUCAGCAGCCCAGCGGGACUCCUGGUGGAGCUCAGGACUCCAGCAUGAGCAGCCUACAGAGCAGUAG